AUGCGCGAUGCUACUUUUGAGCUAAUUGGCAUUCUCUUCAACUUGGCCCUUUGGUUCUCCAAACACGCCGCCAAGAUUGCCAUUGAAAUGGAGCAAGCCGUUGAAGUGUACAAAUCAUUGAGAAAUGCAGCUGGUCUGUUUGAACACAUUAAGAAGGAUCUCUUGGGCCAAGUGAAGGGCAAAGUAGAAAGUGGAUCAGACUUGGAUCCCUGUGUUCUCGAUGUCUAUAUCUUGCAGAGUCUGGCAGAGGCACAAGAAGUAACUAUCGCUCGUGCUAUGGAACUGAAACAUGAUCCUGGAAUUAUUGCGCCAUUAGCAUGCGAAACUGCCACUUUGUAUGAAAAGUGCAGACUUGGAUUGCAGAAUAUUCCAGAGUCGUUGGUUACGAAAUGGCGGGCUUAUUGCAUCUUUAAAACGGCUUGUUUCCGUGCCUAUGUGAGUUAUUGUAUUCGCCUAAGUCUAUUUACUUUUUCUCAUUCUUCUAUAAGCCUAUCACCAUUGUAA